AUUGGAUAGUGUGAACGACACUAACUCUGAUAUAAAACUGUUUUUUUCCUCGUCCUUCACUUUCUGCACUUUCCUUAUCACCCACAGAAUCUGCAGGUAAAUUGUAAUCAUGAUCGGCUCAAGCAAGCUAACGACCUACGUCCUGGCGAAACUAUUCAUAGGAUGCAUCUGCUGGACCUCCUCCGUUUCAGGUCAAGGAUGUAACACCACAGAACUGUCUACUAUACGUGGAUGUAUAGUGUCGUACGGUACUCAGUUUCCCUCCUACUUCGGCACAGGAGGAACCUGCAAUCAUACCCUCAUGACACAAGAAGUGUGCGGCAAAUAUGGGAGCAUCGUUACGUGUGUGAACGGCGCCAGUCUGUCCACAACAACAUGCAGACCCUAUAUGGUUUCCCGGAUGGACAGCGAGCUUGGCAUUCCAUGUAAGGUGAACGACUUUGCUGUGACCUGUACAAGUGCUCCAAAAAUCAACGAAGGUUCAGGUGGUGCAAGCUACCUCCGAAGCACUGGCGUUCCCGUGAUCUUUGUCGCCAUGGUUACCCACGUGAUUCUAGCCGUCUUUGUCUUCCCUGUGAGGAAUUCUUAGAAGUCCAGCUAAUUGAGCAACACUUGAUUGUCCAGAGUUUGGCUGUGAUUACUGUAUUUUUUUUAUUCCUUUCCUUUCUUCUCUUCAAACGUUUGCAUAUCGAAGUGCAUGUCCGCAGACCUCUUGCUAUAGGUCACCAAUUAGGCACAAAAAAGUCGUUAUAUGUAGAUAUUUCACAGCUUAUUCGUACAUAAUUUAAUUAUGUAUGCUCUUUAUAUGAUGCUAAUAAUUUUGAUCUCGCUGUUGAUUAACAGUAUUUUACCGGAUUUAGUGUCCUCGUGUUUUAUUUUCUUUCUCAAAUGCUCAUAAAUGUUUUAUACUUGUAAAUUGGAAAUUUUGGGGGCAGCUAUGUAAACUGUGUUUCCCUUUCUCUCUGCAUAACAUAUUUUACAGGCAUUGUGUGUAGGAUUUUUAUGUAAUUACAGCCUUUAUUAUGAUUAAACAGGCACGUUUGUGAUAAAAUCACAUAGACAAAAAUCCAGCAAAGGAAGUGAAUUUCUGAAAACCAGGGUUAGAAACUGUUCACAGGCACACACAUUAAUAUUGGAUGAAAUGUAUCUUACGAUCAUGCACUCCAACACACAAAUAUUACGGCCCCCCUCUAAGGACAACAGAUCAACCCUGUUAACCACAAUAAUAUUUUCCAAUAUUGACUGCAAAGGUGACGACAUAUUUUACUGGGAUAUCAAGGCUGGACAGUUAUUUCUCAACAUCAGAAGAAAAAAAUGAAUAGACAGUGUGCUUGCUCUCAUUUGUAUCAAUAUUUACAGUGUAUCAUUAAUUGAUGUCUCUUGCUCUCAUUCAUUCGAAUUCUGAUUUUGGAUUUUCAAAUUUUUUAUUAGUUGUCUUUAUGAAGCUUGUAGUAGGAAACAGCCUAUAAAUACUGUAAUUUUUAUUCUAUUUGGAGUAAACUUUAUGUACUGUGA